AUGGCUCGACCUGUGGAUGUAUCACAACUAUUGACUAGUUUGAAAGGAGAUAAGAAUGGAAAUAGGGUUGCGAAGAAUCCUUUAAGGAAGGCAAAAUUUUUAAGUAAGAAUGAAAGAGAAGCCCUUCUUCGAGAUAACAGGAAUACAAGUAAUAAUAUAACAGUUACAGAAGAUGUCAAACUUCUUGUUCAUAAUAAGAAAAUGGUGCAAGAUGUGGCUGAACAAUCAGAAAUUAUUGAAUCUGUUAACAAAGAUGAACCAUCUUCUAUAAGUCAUAAUAGUAACAAAAAAUUGAAAUUCAAUUUUGACUGGCAGAAAUCAGACGAUACAUUAACAGAUUUUAAACCUUUGACAUCAUUAAAAGUUAAUGAUUUGUUAAAAGUCAAAAAUGUGACCAAUGACGGACUCGGCAAGAUCGAGGAAUCCUACCUGGGUAGACAUUGGACUCAAAAGGCUUUUAAUGAAAUGACAGAAAGAGAUUGGAGGAUUCUAAAAGAAGAUUUUCAAAUAUCUAUAAGAGGGGAUUCAAUAAAACAGCCACUCCGAAAUUGGAAUGAAUUAAAAUUGAUUCCCAAUGAUUUGUCUAACAUUAUAACCAAUGAUUUACAUAUGGAACACCCAACUCCUAUUCAAAGGGCAACUAUUCCAAAUUUCACAAGUAAUGGGAAUAGAUCUGUUUUGGGUGUUGCAUCGACCGGUUCCGGUAAAACAUUUGCAUUUAUCAUACCAAUACUUACUAAGUUGAGUCUAAUGCCAGAUCAACCAAGAUCCAUUAAAGUUCUAGAGGGACCUAAGGCACUUAUAUUAGCUCCGACAAGAGAACUAGCACAACAGAUUAAAGCUGAGGCAAAAAGAUUGACUGACUUAUGGGAUAAGCAUGAUUAUAGAGUUGUCUCGAUUGUUGGUGGACAUUCGAUAGAAGAAAUUAGUAAUGAACUCUCUGAUGGUUGUGAUAUUCUCGUAGCCACACCAGGUAGAUUGAUAGACUGUUUGGAGAACCAUGCGCUAACAGUUGGAUCUGUAUCAACUGUAGUAUUAGAUGAAGCUGAUAAGAUGAUUGAUCUAGGGUUUGAAGACCAAUUGACCACCAUUCUUAAUAUGUUAGAGAUGAAUACUACAAUUAAAAGGGGAAGGAGACAGGUUGUAAUGUUUACUGCAACGAUGAUGCCUCCCAUUGAGAAGAUCGCUCGUCAAUAUUUGCAAAACCCUAUCAAUAUAUCAAUUGGAAGUUCUGAAAAUACUAUACCUAAAAUUCAACAGAAAGUUGUAUAUGCACCAAAUGACGAUUUGAAAUUUAAUAAAGUAGUAGAACAACUUAGAAAUACUAACCCCCCAAUAAUAAUAUUUAUUAAUCACAAGAGAGUUGCAGAUGUCCUGGCAGAAAGACUGAAAAAAGAGACAAGGUAUAAUGUAGUCACGCUUCAUGGUUCUAAGAGUCAAGAACAAAGAGAAAAAUCAUUAAGUGCAUUAAAAACUAAUAAAGCGCAAAUUAUGAUUGCAACGAGUAUUGCUGCCAGAGGGUUAGAUAUUCCAAAUGUAUCGCUAGUUAUUAAUUACGAGAUGCCAAAGCAUUUUGAAGACUAUGUUCAUAGAAUAGGUAGAACCGGUAGAGCUGGCAAUAUUGGUACAGCUAUUACAUUUAUUGGUGAAUAUGAGGAUGAAAAGACUGUGGAAAAGUUACAAAAAUAUGUUGCAACUGAAAAUCCGUUACGUAAUAAUGAAUUUGACAAUCGAAUUAAAAAAUUAUAUAAAAUACAUGAAGCAAAAUCGGAAUAUAUAAUAUAUUGA